UCCCGCUGCAGCUUUCAAGAUGGCAGUCCCUAGCGCGGUGCGGGCGGUGGGGCGCGGCUCAAGGAAGAUCUUUGACAUCUUCGUGGCUGAGGUUCCGUGGACGGUGUCGAGCAAGGAGCUGAAGGAGUACUUUUCCCAGUUCGGGUCAGUACAGAGGUGCCAGCUGCCGUUUGACAAAGAUACAGGCUUUCACAAACGUUACUGUUGGAUUAAAUUCUCGACUCCACAAGAUGUUCAGAAUGUGUUUCAGAAGGACAUCCACAUACUUGAAGGCGCCAAGCUCACUCUCAAAAAGCAGUCUCAGAGAAGAUACAGUCAAAGGAGGAAUCCAAAUGAGUGAG